GGUUUCAAUAUUUACAUCCUGCGUAAUUAAAACAUUUGUCAGUUUAGUUAUUUAUGAUUAGUUUGUAUAGAAGUGAAUUGGUUUUCGUGGUAGCAAGUUGUGCUUUUAAAAUGAAUCGGAUAUUCAAAGUGGUGUGGAUACUCUGGAUACUAUCGUGGAUAUGGUUUUGUUUUAUACUUUUCGUGGAAGGGCAAGAGCAUGAUAUGAGCUGUAACGGCAACUGUAACUGCUGUACGGAUAAAAUAUGUCAUUCUGUUAAUUUUGGAAAAUUUACUUGGACAAAUGUUUGCUCAAACGGAUGUAUCGAUCGUCAUAGGGGAACUAGAUGUUACGAGGUAUGUACAUACGAUUGCGUAUCGUGUAACGAUAGCGUAAAUACAUGUGAUAAAUGUUUGGAGGGUUUUCAUCUUGGACCAAAUAAAGAUUGUACAUCAGAAUGUCCAACUAACUGCAGAGCUUGUACUUCAGACAAAAUGUGCACAGUUUGUAAGGACGGUUAUUAUAACAAAGAAGGAUCAGCCACAUGUCCGUACUCUGUUUGUCCCACGAAUUGCAUGUGCAGUGGUAAUACAUGUACAACAUGUAAAAACGGUUUCUAUGACACGGGCAAUGAAUGCAGUAAAGAAUGUCCAUCUAACUGUAUGACCUGUUUAUCCAGAGAAAUAUGUAACGAGUGUAAACAUGGAUUUUAUAACGGGUAUGAAUUUGACCAUAAUGUUAGACAGCUACUCAAUAAUUGCACAUUUAAAUGCCGAGAAAGCUGCACAGAAUGUCUGUCAUACGGCAACUGCUUGCAAUGCGUUAAAGGAAAAUAUAGCAAUAAAUGUCAGAAUAAUUGCUCAGUCGGCUGCAAAGAUCAGACAUGCCAUAUUGAAUCUGGAUAUUGUUCUUGCUCUUUAAACUUUUAUGGUGACAAAUGUACGGAUUGUGUUAAUGGAAGAUAUGGAACCUAUUGUAAUGAGACAUGUCCUGAACACUGCAAAAACGGUAAAUGUAACAAAACUUCGGGAUAUUGUAGUGAAGGUUGCAUCACAAACACAGUAAUUGGCGCAACGUGUAAUACCUGUACAGCUGGGACGCACGGUAUAUUAUGUGACAACAAUUGUCCUACAAACUGCAAAACUAAAAUGUGUAACCGAACAACUGGAUUCUGUUCUAGGGGUUGUGAAGGCAACUUUAAAGGUCCAUGGUGUGACACUUGUAUACAAGGAAAGUAUGGAGUAGCAUGCGACCAAGAUUGUUCAUUAAAAUGUGAAAAUGUUCUAUGUGAGAAAGAGACUGGAAAGUGCCUCAGCUGUACCGGCAAUUUUGAUGGGGACUAUUGUGAAAACUGUGAACCUGGCUUCUACGGGCAGGAUUGCAAUGAUAGGUGUUCCACUCACUGCUACAAUACCACAUGCCGUAUCAAAACCGGUGUCUGUGAUUACGGAUGCACAAAUACCUAUUCAGGUGAUAUGUGUUGUGUGCCAAGCGGAAACUGUGUAAAGUGCGCUUCUAAAACUGAAUGCCAAGGAUGCAGAUCUGAUUAUUUCGGUAAUUUGUGCGACAAAUCGUGUCCUGUUAACUGUCUUGAUUCCUGUGACAUCUCUACAGGAGUUUGUCCCGAUUGCAUUAUAAAUCAAUUUGGACCCAUCUGCAACAGAACGUGUUCGGAAAAUUGCAAUAUUUCACGCAGUGGAGACACACGUGACUGUGCGUCAACUGACGGAAGAUGCAUCUUUGGUUGUAAAGAUGGUUUUUAUGGCAUUACGUGUAAUGAAAUAUGCAGCGACCUUUGUAUUGACAAUAUUUGUAAACAGGAUAGUGGCAUAUGUGAAAAAGGGUGUGGUGGCUCGAAAAACAACCCAGUGUGUGUUCUUGAUUUAGAGAAACCGGAAGUUACAUCUGAUGAUAAUUCAACAGCAACAACUACAAAUAUUGUUUUAGCAACACUGUUAGCUGCGACUACUACUGCAUUGUUUGCCUUAAUUUUAUGGAUAAUAGUAAGGAAGAUGCGAUCUGCAGACAGGCAAACCGAUAAUUCUUUAUUUCAAAUUCCAUUAGAUCAUUCGUUGGUAGUGAAUCAAACUCCACAAAACGAAGUUUCUGAAGUGGAAAAUUCCGCUUAUGAGAUUCUCGAUAGAACCCAUGGUGCCCCUGAACACACGUAUGACACAGCUUCUACUAGUUCACCAAAAAGUGGAAACACAGAGUAUAUGAAUCUGCAAAUCAAAAAAUCAUGAAUUGCAAGUUUCCAACAGACUGUUCUCUACAAAACACAAUGAACAUUCAAUACAUUUUGUCGUUUUACUGUUUUAUACGUAUUUCAUAAAUAUUCCCUAUAUUUUAGGGAUAAAUUACUUUUUAAAAAAUGAAGAAAAAUGAAUUCAACAAUACUACAUAAAAUAUUUUAAAGAUUCUGCAGUUAUGAUAUGUACAUUUGAAGAGUUAUGUACCAAUUUCGUCGACUUGUAUUCAAAAAGAAUUCUGUUAUUUGUAUUGUUUGCCUUUUUAACUUAAGCAAACGAUUUGGAACACAUAAAUGUUUUGUGAUGUCCUUUAAUACACUGGGUAAUCGGAUAGUCCAUAAACGUUAACAGCCGAGUACAGUAUCACCGGCCAUUUUCGUCAGUCGUAUUUGUUUCAUUCAUACAUGUUCACAGAUUGCUCAUAAACAAGGACCUUUGCAUAAUACUUUGGAAUCUUGUUAUACUUUUUUUAGACUGGAGAAAUUGUUACGGAAUUUAUAAGAAAAAAAUAUAACAAUUGUUUUCAGGCCAAAAGAUGUAACUGUUAAUCAUGACAUUGUACAGUACUUAACAAUACUGUCAAGUUGAAUUUUCAUGAUUGGAUUCAUAUAGAUAGAAAUAAAUGAUAGUCUCUACCUACCCAUUUACAUUGCGGUUAUUUUUCCAGCGUGUUUUUGUUUGUCCAAUAGGUGUCAGGAUAUCCGGUUAUCCAGUGUGUUUAAUGUAUUCGAGUGGUAUUCAUUUUUGUAUUAAGUAGAGAUAGGAUAGUAAUUACGAGUUAUUAGAAAUACUUGAUUAAUGUAUUUUUCUAGAAACUAUAGAUUUGCUAACUUAACGCAGUGUACUAUUGUACCAAUACCAAAUUAUUUACAUUAUAUAUGAAAUAAAAUCGGGAAAGUAGAUCCCUCAGAAGCACCGAGAACAAGGCAAACAGUGAAAAUUGAAUCUGGGUUAUUUAGAAAUUUGAAAGGCAAAUAUUGAAAGAAGACUUUUGCCCUUGGUAUUGUUUAGGUCUUAAUCAACUGUAGUCUACAAUCGUUCAACUGAUAAGAUUAGACAAGAUCACUGCCUGUUCCAUCGCUCCUCUGCAAGUGCUUGGCCAUAUGUCAUAAAAGAGUUAAAGUUAUUGACCUAUACUAAGUAUAAAAAAACAGUGAAGUUAAAACUGUAGCUGUUAUUUUAUUUAGGAAAAAUUGACCUAAAUUAAAAGUUUAUUCAACAAAACAAAUUUUCUUAAUACAAGAAAGGCCACAAUUCUGAUAACGUACAUAUCAGAUGUUACGUUCUUGGACUACGUAGAAUCCUAAUGAGGAUAAACAAGUGUGAAAAGUUUCAAAGCAGUAGUUAUAAAAGUUAUAUGAAACAAAUGGACCUAAACGGUUUGACAUCAUCGAGAUAAUCAUUUUAUACAAGUUUCAAUAAGAUAGGGUCAUAAACGUGGUCCCUGAAGUGAUUUUCUUUUGAUUUAACCAGAUGACCUAGUUUUUGACCCCACAUAACCCAGAUUCAAAGUGACUUAGAAGUCAUCAAGAAUAACAUUCUGACCAAUUCAAUGAGUUCCAAACUUAAACUGUGGACUCUAGAGUGUUAACGAGAUUUUCCUUUGAUCUGGCCUAGUGACAUUGUUUGUGAUCCCACAUAAUCCAUUUUAAAACUUGGUCUAGAGAUCAUUAAGGCAAUUAUUCUGACUAAGUUUCAUAAAGAUAAAGUUACAACUGUGGCUUCUAGAGUGUUCAUAAGCUUUUUCUUUAAUUUGACUUAGUAUUUGAUCCUAAAUAACCCAGAUUUGAGCUUAUCCCAGAGGUCAUCCAGGCAAACAUUUCGACCAAUUCUCAAGUGUUUGAAGCUAAAAUUGUUGUCUCUAGAAUGUAAACAAGACUUUCCUUUGAUCUGGCCUACUGACCUACUGUUUGAUCCUAGCAACCCAGUUUUAAGUCUGGCAUAGAGAUCAUCAAGACAAACAUUCUGACGAAAUUUCAUAAAGCCGGGGUCACAAUGGUGGCCUUUAGAGUGUUCACAAGCUUUUCCUAUGAUCUGGCCUACAGACCUAGUUUUUGACCCCAGAUUUUAUAACGGGUAUGAAUUUGAUAAUAAUGUUAGACAGCUUCUCAAUAAUUGCACAUUAAAAAGUCGAGAUGAAUGCACACAAUGCCUAUCAUACGACAACUGCUUGCAAUGGAAAAUAUGGCCCAAAAUGUCAAAAUAAUUGCUCAGUCUGUUGCAAAGAUCAGACAUGCCACAUUGAAUCAGGUACUUGCGACUGUUCGUCGAAUUUUGUAGGUGGUAAAGGCGAUGAAUGUGUUGAAGGGAAAUAUGGAAUAUACUGUGACAAAAAUUGCUCUUCAUUUUGCAAAAACGGUACUUGUGGCAAGAAUUCUGGACAUUGUAGGGACUGCAUGAAAAAUCAUUACGGAGCCCUCUGCAGUGAGAUAUGUUCUGAAAAUUGCAAUGCUUCACAAAACAGUGACAGAACUUAUUGUGCUUCAUCCGACGACACAUGCCUAUAUGGUUGUAAAAACGGUCUUUUUGGUCAUACAUGUAAUGAAACAUGCAGUUGUUAUUGUUUUGACAAUGUGUGUAAACAGGACAGUGGUGUAUGUGUGAAAGGAUGUACGGCCUCAUACGAGGAUCCGGCAUGUGCUUUCAGCUUCGGUAAGACAGUAUGUUCGUGUUUGAUUAUGUAGUCUUUAUAUGAUUAUUUGACAUUUAAACUAAAAUAUACUUAUAUUAAAGUGUACCACUACUUAAUUAAAUAUAUAUUUUUAUUGUACGACAA